AUGGUGACCGGCAAGUCGCAGCCAGGCGUUGAGCCAGUACAGCUCCAUGCUACCUCCCCUGACCCGACCGGCUCCAACUCCCCACCUUCCAAGCGAGAUUUGGCAUCUUGGUGGAGGCAGUUCAAACGAAAUACGAGGAAAGAUGAAGUUAAAGAACCACCUCGAGGCAUCUUCGGUGUACCACUGAAUGUCAGCAUCAAGUAUGCGAAUGUGGCCAUCUCUCUGACUGGAGAACAUGGCAAGAGUCAUAUUUAUGGAUACGUCCCUAUCGUUGUGGCCAAGUGUGGCGUGUUUUUGAAGGACCGAGCUACGGAUGUAGAGGGCAUCUUCCGCCUGAAUGGCUCUGCCAAGCGCAUCAAAGACUUGCAAGAAAUUUUCGACUCCCCCGAACGUUACGGAAAAGGCCUCGAUUGGUCCGGAUACACCGUGCACGAUGCCGCCAACGUCCUACGUCGAUACCUAAACCAGUUGCCCGAGCCCAUCGUUCCUCUAGAGUUCUACGAGCGGUUUCGAGAACCUUUGCGUGUGUACCAAAGACAAGCACCUGAUCAAAAGGAGCCGGCCGCGGUUGAGAAGUUUGAUCCCGCCAAGGCUGUCGAGACCUACCAGCGCCUCAUUGUCGAGCUUCCCCCAUUAAAUAAGCAGUUGCUUCUCUAUAUUCUCGAUCUUCUCGCCGUCUUUGCAUCUAAGUCGGAUCAAAACCGCAUGACCUCGGGCAAUCUUUCGGCCAUUUUCCAACCCGGAAUGUUAUCUCACCCGCAGCAUGACAUGUCGCCAGAGGAGUACAAGCUGAGUCAGGAUGUGUUGAUUUUCCUCAUCGAGAACCAAGACCACUUUUUGGUCGGAAUGAGUGGCACCACCCCCGAUGAGCAGCAAGUCAAAGAGGUUGAAGCUGGCCUUCAGCCUGCUCCAUCUUCCAAGGACGUUGAAGGCGGCGUUGGACCUCGUCCCUCACCAACUGCAAACAUUCGACGAUCAGUCUCCAAUGCGAGCGGUAGCAACGAAGGCCACCGCAAGAUCGACAGCAUCCGGAGGAAUGUUUCUGUGUCGUCUCGUAACUCCCGCAACUCUCGUCAUUCAGGUAAUGCUCCCAGUCCUGGCACACCCACCUCAACCUCUGGUGGUGGUGUUCAUCGAAGCAAUACCCUUCCCUCCAAGAUGGGCCCCGUUGUGGCGUCGGCCCGCUUUGCCCGCGUUGGGGAAAGUGGCUCCGCCAACCCUUCGGGUCUCUCUGUUUCGCAUCACAGCUCUCGAUCCGGGAGUCGAGCGCCCUCUGUGCGUGAAGAGGCUGAGCAGCGGAAGCCCAGCACUGCCCCGUCGGGCACUCCCACCAGAAGCACCUUUGUGCAUACAUCAACGCAUGGUCCUAUACCGGUCGCGACGGCCGAGGCGCUUAAUAUCGUCGAUCGUACUGUGCCACAGGACAAUCAUCAAACGCAAAAUCCUCCUCAAAGUCCUCCACCUGCUACCCUCCCACCACAGAGCAUUCAACUCCAGGGUGUAGCUGCGGCUCCACCUCCUCAGGUUGUAACACCGACCCGCGAACGAAAGUUGUCCAACUUCUUUACCAAGUCUCCACCUCCAGAAGGAGAGGCUCGACUGCCGAAUCGUCUCAGGAAGAAGCGUAUUCCAGGCAGCGCAAGCAUCAGUGCACAGAGUUCCACCAACUCCCUUGACCCACACUGGGACACAUCCUUGGAACCAAAUUCACAGCGCAAGUCUUUCGACGGUGCCGUGGGAGAUACUACGCCGAAACCACCCAACACCGCGACGCUGAGCAGCCGUGAUGCAACAUCUGAAUCAACUCCCACCUUAGGCGAUAGCUCCUCGCAUCCCAACACUGAUAACUCCUUGAGGCCACAUCAGUCGCGUACGCCAUCAAUGAACUCUCGGUCAUCCUUUACCGAUCAUUCGGAUUUAGAACAGCCCGAGGAUGGCCCGCGUUCUGACCGUCGAGACAACCGACGCAGCUGGCGGUUCCAUCGCUCGGCAAAACGCAGCAGUGAGCAGAUCGGACUAGGUCUUGCCUCUCCUCCCCUGAUUGCCUCAGAUUCCGGUGCCGAGAAAAGUACCACCUCCUUUGGUAGCGGAUCGUAUCAGAGCAACGAUCCUGCUAGUCAGCCUUUGAGUUUGGAUGCAGGCAUCCAGGGCAACUCAAUUUCUAAUGCUGAACCGGAGAAGAGAAGCUUAUUCGGCAAGUUCAAGGCCAAGAUGGCACAGGUAGUCAAGGACGACCGUGAGCGAGCAAAGAGCCCCAAUCAGAUCGAUAACGACCCAUCCGCUACAAGCUUACCACUCUCCCCUCCCGUCCCCAACCAGGCAAAUGGCAAGCCUCCAGUCGAUGUAUCUGCCGAACAGCCAAAGGAUGAACCCCUUCGCUCGCCGGCGUCCCCACUACCUGGUGCGGGCCUCCCUCCAGCCAUCCCCGAGGAACCGAACAGCCCAGAGGCACCCUCAGCAGCUGCCGAGGAAUUCAAGAAACAACUUGAGCCCGAGUCAACAACAGCUGCUGAAAGCACAACGGUGCCAUCGGAGACAACCCCUGUCACCGAACCGUCGGAAGUAACACCUACCGACAAAGAAACAUCCGCAUGA